AGAGAAUGCCAGCAGCAUGGACCCCGAGCGGAACAUGCAGGCCAGGCCCGAAGAUGCCGGGCCGGUCCGAGAAUCAAAGGAGAAGAGCAGCAGCAGCUCGGUGCCCAGCAUCGCCGUCCGGCAUUUGAGCACGCCCAGCAGGGUCUUUUCCUGCUACGUCCUUGUUGCCGCCAUCUUUACGACUGCCGUCAUCGCCAUCGCCGCCACGAGUCUAUUCCUCAGAGGCUUUGACGGAAUGGUGGUAAUGAUCAGCGACCUACCAAAAGCCCCAGGGGCAGCAGCAGACAUGCCUAACCCGAUGACCGCCCUCGCCUCUGGGCCUCCCCAUACGCUCAGUACAGCGCUGCACUCCUCGCUUCUGGGGUUCGGACUUGGCCGGUACGAAUUCUCCAUCGACCCCCGCACCCACGUGCUCCGGCGCAGAGAACUGCAUGCCGCGGAGGUGCGCCAGCGCUUCGGCAACGACACGCGCGAGUCGGUACGCGAGAACCCCCAGCUGCGGAGGAUCCUGGACGACCCGAGCGGGGGAGAGUGGCAGGCCUACGACCAAGACGGGACGACGCGGUUCCUAACGGCGCCAGUGGUGGUGUCGAGCCCUGCCCUAUUCGCGCCUGGCUCUGGGGAUCCCUUGCGGCAUCACAUGCUGGCUCUAGAGUACGGCACCGGCGCUGUCCUGCAGGCAGUAUACCAUCCACAGAAGGGCAGCAGUAAAGGAACUCAAGAUCAGGAGGAGCUCUCAAAGGCGUGGGCGAGGCCGUGGGCGCAGGGGACCCCUGGUUCCUGGGCAUGGGACAGCGCCGGAGGCGGUCCGUUCGCGUGGCAGCCAACCAUCAGUCUCACGCGGAUGGUGGCCCCCACCGGUGCGGGUCAAGACUUUCUGGACGUCUUUGCAGUCACCGCCGACGGGGCACUGAUGAAGCGAUGCUAUACCGUCAACGACAGAAACGCCGGAGGGUGGCUCAGCGGCUGGGUCGAGCUCGGACGAGGUUUCGUCGGUGAGGUCAGUCUCGAGGCGAACUACUAUCUUCAGGACAAACGUCGCGGUUUGGUAGUCCAUGCCGUCGCCAUCAAGGGCGGAGAGUAUCAGCACGCCGUCGCGAAGGCUGGUCCCAGGCCUUGGGACGGGGAGUGGGACCGGCUCGGCCGGCCCGACGAAUGUCGAGAUCUUGCCCCUGACCAGCUCGGAUACCCCGUCGUUGUCGUCUGGGGACCCCUCGAGGCCGAAAUCAUCGUCGUCUGCGGAGGCAAGAUCAGACACAAGAUCCGGGACGCCGCUGGCCAGUGGUCGGCGAAAUGGGAGCCAUUCGGCAGAGGCGUAGACAGGCACGAUCGCGUUGAAGACAUGACCCUCGAGACACAUGGCCUGAGUUCGGACGGGUUCGUGUGGAAAACGCUCGCCGUGCAGGUCAAGGACUCGGACAAGGCAUACCAGAUACGGAGGGCCAAACCAGACGAUCCCUUCAAAGCCUGGCCUGGACUGCCAUCAGGAACCCUGAUGUUUCACUGGGAUGAUUGGAGGUCGUUCUAGUUCAGCAGGAGAGUACUACGCCAAGGAACCUACUACAAUGACAAACUGGAACAUGGCAGGUGUAGAACAUAGCACGUCAUCACGUGCUGGCGGAUGUUGAAGACAGGAGAAAGCAGAUCAUGUACUCGGCCAUGUGACUUUGCCUUUUCCCUUUGGCCUGGUGGAUUCUACUCUAUAGCAAGGCAAGAUUUCUUGCCAGCAAAUUGCAACAGUUCCUGCAGUGAACUGUGCUGGGAUCUACUCUUUGGGACCUGCUUUUAUGUUAUUCGAAGCGACCGUGCUUAUACGCGCCUAUAGUGGUGCUUGGGCGAUAUGGUUUUAAUUUGCUUUCUCGUUCAAGGGCAAUCAAUCCACAC